AUGCUUGGUUUCUGCAAUGACCACCUCAUGCAGGAUGUUAUCCGACUAGUGGCGGUGCACAGAGAACCGGGCACGUAUGCCUCAUGGGAAGCUCUUCUGGACGCGAUCGAUGCGCCUCUGAGUGAUCCCGCUGCGAUGCGCUUGCUCUCGGCAGCGUACUCGUAUCCUAUGACGCUUCGCCAUUACCUUCCAGCACUAUGCGCCACCAGCGAGAAGCGAGCUGCACUGUACGUCCUUGGCGCGAGGGCCGAAGCGACAAUGCCCAAGCACAUGUGGGGCGUCCUGAACCCGCACCGCGUGCAUCUCAAGAUGGUCGGCAACCACGUCCCUGUGUUCCGGAAGCUCCCGCCCGAAGAUAGCGACGACGCAGCUCACGUGAGCUUUUGCAGCUCGCUCUUCCACGAGAUGGCGCCGUCAACGCCGUCACCCGAUGCAUUCGUGCUCUUCAACCCAGGGCUGGGCCAUCCCGCGCUCUCUGCACUCUGGGCGCCGUCGCUCUCGAUGGCCCUCGCGACGCGCAAGCCGCUGCUCAUCACGUGCUUCAGCGCGAUCGACUUGCACCGUGACUUGACGGCAUUGGAGACGAGCGCGUCGACCCUUCGUGGACGGCUCCACUUUACGCGCUCGGCGCAGCUCAACCCCUUCCAAAGCCGCAAGGCGACCGUGGACCCUGCGGCGCUCCUCGCCCCCGUGCACACCAACCAGUACGCGAUGGUCGUCCGCCUCACCGACUAGCAUGUACGACACGCUG